ACUUCAAUUUGGAAGGGUACACCACACUCUGUUCCCCUUAGAACAUCACCAUAAUAGAAUGCAAUAACCUCUGAUUACCAUUUUCCCCACCAAGCAUUCCUCUACAUGUCUUUUCCCUGUUGUUGUUGGUAGAGCCUGGCCAUGGCCUUUGCUUUUCCAAGAUUAUUCUUCAUGUUUAUUUAAAUGUUGUUCCUUGCUUGCUUGCUUUCCUAAUGGCAGUGGGGUGCCUUUGUACAAGUAGCUCCCAUUGCCUCUGUUUUCUUCCCCAUCCCUUGAGGAGUUUUUGCUGCCUUUCCUCUCCAAAAAUCUCUUCUUUCCUAUCCAAAUCAACCGCUCCCUUUCUCUUCUUCCAUUUGUGAUGAUCUUCUGGAGCAGCCAAAGGAAGGAGAGAGGAAAAUCCAACUCGUAGCCAUAGGAAAGUUGAGCGUGGUGUUCUUCUCUAUGGAAGAGGCAACUGUACACGCUUCUCUUCUUGGGAGGUAAGGAAGGGAGGAGAAAAGAGGAGGAAAGUUGGGAUCUUUGCCCCUCCCUCCUCCUCCUUCUCAGAGGACAAAGGGAGAGAUGGCGGUGGAAACGGGAAUUCGGACCGGUGUCUGUAUGGGCUCCAAAUGCGGUGCUUUGCUUCGAGAGCUGGAGAAAAUAUGGACAGAGGUUGGGGAGAGCAAAGAGGACAAGGAUCUCAUGUUGGUGGAAUUAGAGAGAGAGUGCAUUCGAGUGUACCGAAGGAAGGUCGAAGAAGCCGGCAGCAACAGGGCUCAUCUCCACCGAUCGCUAGCAGAAAAAGAAGCAGAGGUUACUGCUCUUAUGUCUGCCCUCGGUGAGCAGAGUCUCCAGCUAAAGAUGGAGAAGAGGUUACCAUUGAAGGAGCAACUUGCAUCAGUUAACCCUCUUUUGGAAGAUUUACGAAAAAAGAAAGAGGAACGGCUGAAACAGUUUGCUGAUAUAAAGUCACAGAUUGAGAAGAUCAAUGUAGAGAUUUUGGGAUCCAGUCACCAUGAUCAUUCUCCAGCUAAUCCUGUUAAGAUUGAAGAAGAUGAUUUGUCAAUAAGAAAACUCACUGAGUAUCAAUCACAGCUAUGCAUUCUCCAGAAGGAAAAGUCUGAUCGCCUUCAGAAAGUACUGGAGUCUGUAAAUGAGAUGCAUUCUUUAUGUGAACAUCUUGAAGUGGACUUUAGGAAGACCGUGGAAACUGUGCACCCCAGUCUGCAUGACACUGGUGGAGGACAUUCUCCAAACAUAAGUGAGACAGCACUUGUGGGCCUAUCUCAAGCAAUCCUAAAGCUAAAAACUGAAAAGAAGAUACGAACUCAAAAGUUGCUAGAAGCAGUGGAGUCACUUUUGGAACUGUGGAAUCUAAUGGAUACACCUGUUGAGGAAAGGAAAUACUUUGGAAGAGUAACGUGCAUUCUUGGAUUACCUGAACAUGAUAUUGGAUGCUUUGGUCUACUCUCACUUGAUACGAUUAAACAGAUGGAAGCUGAGGUUGAGAGACUCACAAACCUUAAAGCUAGGAGAAUGAAAGAACUUGUUUUAAGAAAAAGGAUGGAACUAGAAGAGAUAUGCAGAACUGCACACAUUGAACCCGAUAUGAGCACAGCAUCGGAGAAAAUUGGCGCACUUAUAGACUCCGGUAUCGUAGAUCCUUCUGAGCUUCUGACUAAAAUUGAGAUGCAAAUUGUGAAAGCCAGAGAAGAAUCCAUGAUCAGGAAAGAAAUCAUGGAGAGAGUAGACAAAUGGCUCGCAGCAUGUGAAGAAGAGAAUUGGCUUGAAGAUUAUGACCAGGAUGAGAACAAGUACAGUGCUGGAAGAGGUGCCCACUUGAAUCUAAAGCGUGCCGAAAAAGCACGGGCGAUUGUCACCAAAAUUCCAGAUACUGUUGACAAAUUGAUGAACAAAAUAUCUGUGUGGGAGAAAGAAAGAAAUAUGCCUUUCUUGUAUGACGGGGUGCCAUUGGUGUCUCUAUUGGAGGAAUACAAAGUUAUAAGGCUAAAGAAGGAAGAGUUAAAAAGACGAUAUCGAGACCAGAAAAAAUUACAGAAUCUGUUGCUCACAGGGAAGGAAACAGUUUAUGGAUCAAAACCUAGUCCAAAAAGGAGCAACAAUUUUAACCGAAAAACAAAUGAAAAUGGCUUCAUGACGCCCACUCCUUGGAGGCUUUCUGCCGGCGGUGCAACACCUGAUUUGCUCAUGCAGUGUUCAUACUCUGGCCAUUCUAACGGAUGCUUCAAGGAGAUAAGACGGUUGUCCACCACAUCAUUGAACCUCAUUUCAAUCUCUAAAGACGAUAGAGUGUCUUCUUUGGCAUCUGUUACCAGUUCAGAACCUGGGUCUCCACCUCUGAGUCAACUCUCAGGUCUUAAUCGAUAGAGAUGCUGGAGUAUAUUGUUAUCACAUUUCGCGUGCGACGGUCUGCAAGUUUAUGCUGGUAAUUAGCUUCGAAUUUCGCAUUCAGAAUCUAGGAUAAUACUUGUAACAAUCAAUGCAUGUACACUUUUUGUUCUGAUUUGUAUUCCUUAGAAGAUUUGGUAGGUACUAUGAACAAUAGACUUCACCAAUGAAAGUACAGAAACAAUGAGAAUGUGGAUACAUGAAAUAACCUGCAGGGCCUGGUAGGUUUCCUUUGAGCUGGACUUGCUUCGUGCCUCUUGAGAAGCAUGACGGUGUAUGUUUCAUGUAAUCUCUUUGUAAUCUGUGUUGUGUUG